AUGGCGACUUGGGGAUCUUCUCCGUCCACUCUUUUGAUCACUCUCUUGUCCUUCCUCUCCUGCGUGUCUCUGACCAUCGCCGUCCCAACUGAUGUCUGCUCCAACAGCGUCUACACCGAACUAGCUGACUACUCCCCGGCCCAGGACUACUGCGCGGCCAUCUAUCCCCCAACAUGUACCAUCGAGGCCGCCAACCGCCGCAGGGCUUUCCCGUUCCGGGGCAAUCGGGGCCAGCCUGUCUACUACUCCAACAACCGGGGUCAGCCUGCGCCUGUUUAUGGCGGUAACCGCGGUCAGCCCGCACCCGUCUAUGGCGGUAACCGGGGCCAACCUGCGCCCGUCUACGGCGGUAACCGGGGUCAGCCUGCGCCUGCCUACGGCGGCAACAGGGGCCAACCUAGCUAUCCCAACUACCCCAACAACCCCAAUAACCCCGGCUAUCCCAACCAGCCUUCGCCAACACCUUCGCCUGUCGACUAUGAUGCGCGACUAUGGUCAGCUAUCAUGGCUGGUCCGGCGAGUGCCAUCUCGACGUUUUGCUCUUGCAUCCAGACACCGACGCCAUGCGCAGUGACCUCGACCUCUUCUAGCACUGGAGGCCCCAUCCUUGGAACCACCACCAGCACUGACACUACUACCUCGUUCACUUCGGAGACGACGACGACGACCUCGAGCGAAACCUCAACCUCGAGCCAGGACACCGGCCCGAUCCUGAACACGAGUUCCACAAGCUCCACAACCAGCGAAACCUCGACCUCGACCACUGCUGCCAGUGAAACCUCGAGCACAAGCACGAGCUCGAGCUCGGAUACUGGCCCGAUUCUGAACACGAGCUCGACUUCCAGCUCUGCUACAAGCUCGACCAUGACCACGACUACUGCUACCAGUGAGACCUCUAGCACGAGUGGAUCCUCAAGCACAAGCACGAGCUCAAGCUCGGACACCGGCCCGAUUCUGAACACAAGCUCGACUUCCAGCUCGACUUCCAGCUCUGCCACGAGCGAAACCUCGAGCACCAGCGAGACAUCAAGCACGGGCUCGAGCACAAGCUCCACUUUGAGCACCAGCACGACCACGAGUGGAGCCACGAGCUCGACCAGCGAGUCCUCAAGCACGAGCUCAAGCUCGAGCUCGGACACGGGCCCAAUCCUGAACACGAGCUCGACCUCCAGCUCUACUUCCAGCUCCGCUGCAAGCUCGACCACGACCACUGUUCCUACCACAACAUCAACACUGAUCACAUCCACCACUUCGUCUGAAACUACCACCACGACGCCCGAGACUACGACGACCACUUCGUCUGACACGUCGACAACUUCAUCAGAGGUUACCUCAUCGAACGGGCCUCAGUCGACCACGUCUUCGUCUGCGACCUCCACCACGUCGUCUGAGACAACCAGCACCACGUCUGAGACCACAACCACCAGCGGCACCAGCACCACCAGCAGCACGACCACAACGACAUCUUCCGCCCCCGCCGCCCCAACAUGCAACACCCCAGGUGAAUGCGGCGUCUUCGGCACCUGCGGCGGCAGCGACUCAUGCUUCUGCUUCGGCAGCAUCUUGGGACUCUCGCUCUGUCUCGAAAACGUUGAAUGCCCCUCGGCCGUCGGGUGUACCACUGACGACGACUGCCUCGGAUCCAUCUGUAUUCUCGACAACAACUGCUGUGGUUUCUCGUACUGCGCCGUCGGCUGUGGCGGAGGCCUCGCGAAACGGUCCGACGCCAUCUCGGGCAACGCGACCGAGGAGGCUGUGGGUGCGAGCCUUUGGGGCGCGGGCUGGCAGUACUAG